GUCCAGGUGGAACUAAAAUAAGAGAACUUGAGGAUUCUUCGGGUUCCAGGAUAAAGGUUAUAAAGGGAACUUAUGAAGCUGAAGUAAAGAUUUUUGGCAGUGUUGCUGCGCAAAACAAAGCCAAGAUAUUGAUUGAUGAUGCUGUUACAAGGUCUGGACAAAACUAUGUUAGAGGCAGGACUGAAAAAGAUUUCAUCAAACAGCAGCGUUUUGGUACUAACUCCUCAGGAAAAAGCUUGGACGUUAUCAAGCCUGAACGUAACACAGAAAAAAUGGUUAUUAACUGGGCCUCUCUUCGAGAAAACAAAGCAAAAUAUGACGCUAUGAAGUGGGCAGACUUGCCUCCAAUUGAGAAAAACUUCUAUAAAGAAUCGACAAGGACUGCAGCUAUGUCACAAGAAGAAGUGGAAAUGUGGCGGAAAGAAAAUAAUAAUAUAAUUUGUGAUGACUUAAAAGAAGGUGAAAAGCGCUGUGUUCCCAAUCCUGUUUGUAGAUUUGAAGAUGUGUUUGAGCGUUAUCCUGAUAUUAUGGCUAAUAUAAGAAAAGUUGGUUUUCAAAAACCCACACCAAUUCAGUCCCAGGCGUGGCCGAUCAUACUCCAAGGAAUUGAUCUUAUUGGUAUAGCACAGACUGGUACGGGGAAGACAUUAGCGUACUUAAUGCCUGGAUUCAUUCACUUGACUUCACAACCAAUAUCCAGAGAUCAGCGUGGAGGGCCAGGAAUGUUAGUCCUUGCUCCCACUCGAGAACUGGCACUUCAAGUGGAGGCAGAGUGUUUGAAGUACACAUACAAAGGAAUUAAAAGUAUUUGCAUAUAUGGUGGUGGGGACCGAAAAGGACAGAUAGACAUGGUUACCAAAGGUGUGGAUAUUGUUAUUGCAACUCCUGGCAGACUGAACGAUCUUCAAAUGAACAACUUCAUAAAUUUGAAGAGCAUAACGUACUUGGUUUUAGAUGAGGCUGACAGAAUGUUAGAUAUGGGAUUUGAACCUCAGAUAAUGAAGAUCCUAAUAGAUGUGCGGCCUGACAGACAAACUGUUAUGACAAGUGCUACUUGGCCUGAUGGUGUUCGUCGCCUGGCGAAAUCCUAUUUGAAAAAUCCUAUGAUUGUGUAUGUUGGCACUCUUGAUUUAGCAGCAGUAAAUACAGUAGAACAGAGAGUUAUUGUUAUUGCUGAGGAGGAAAAGAGAGCUUUUGUGCAGGACUUCAUCGCCUCUAUGAAGCCAAAAGAUAAGGUCAUCAUUUUUGUGGGAAAAAAACUGAC